GAUGUUUUUAGGUAACGAUAUUGUAUAAAUAUACUGGAGGGAUAGGAAGCUUUCAGUGCAGUUCAAAAGUGACCAAGAGUGAGGUUUUCAAGUGCUAGGAAAGAAUUGAUCGUUGCUUUUUAUUAAUCUAAAAACAGGAAAAUGAAAAAACUGAGUUUAUUCGCAGUAAUCUGCAUUGGUGCUGCUAGUUGCUAUUUAACCGAAGGGGAUUAUGGUUAUAAAUUAAAAACUCUUGCCAAAAAAGCUCACGAUUUUUGUGUUGAAAAGACUGGAGUUACACAAGCAGAAAUAGAAAGAGUACAACAAGGAAAAUUCGAUGAUGAAAUAAAAAUUAAGGAAUAUACCGGCUGUUUAUGGACUCACACCAAAGCCAUGAAUAGGAAUUUUGAGCUUGAUGAGGAGUUAAUAAAAGACACGUUACCUGAGGCAAUAAAAGACGUGCAGUUUAAAGUUAUAACGGAUUGCCGUGCAGAAAUCAUGAGGACAGGAGCCGAUAUGAAUUUUGCAGAUAAAGCUUACUCAUUAGCGAAAUGUAUCCAUGAUAGGAACCCAGAGAGCUGGUUUUUCUUCUAAUUGCGACAAAGCUGAUGAUUGCAACAAUGUUAACCAAAUAUUUUCAUUUAUACACAUUCGUUUCUGAGUGUUAAGUUCUUUUAUCCACAAUAAAUAUGAAUUUAUUGAUACCAAUAAGUGUUUUUCUGUCAUUGUCCUAACUAGAAAAAGAGAAUUUGGUGGCUAGAUCUAUCUAUCUAGCUUUCGUGUGGUCUAAACUGCUGUUAAAAUCGAUAUCUGAUUGAUCGGUUCCGAUCGGAUCGGCCCUGCAGAGGAAAAAUUCCUAUAUCAGGGCCCACUUCAACAAAUCUUCCUCCUAUUAAAAUUUUCCUUAUCUAGCAAAUUCUUUCCAACGAAUCUCUCUCUCUCUCUUUCGGUUCAGAUCAGAAUAUUUUCUUCAUAGUUCAAUAUAGUUUCCUGUGGUAAAUGAUUCAGCGAUCUAUAGAAAGAGGGAAUCAUUGAAUACGCACAUUUUUUAUGUAAGAUAUGGUUAAUUUCAGGGCACUUUUCCUCUACAAAGCUAUGAAUAUGGUGACUUUUAUGGGGGGUUUUAUAGUUUGAUAUCAUUUAUCAAUUCAUUGUUAAUGUGUCCGCCUACCAUUGCGUUAAGGAAUGAAAAAAUAAAAUAAUGAGGGCAAAAAAUGAAGCGAACAGCUUUUGAAGUUAUUUGAUGUGUUAAUUACACGGGUAAUGUUAUGAAGAAGAGGGUACAACUGUGAGUCACAACUCCCCAUCCCUAUGAUGAAGUGGUUCACCAGGUUAUGAGAAUAAUACAGAAAACCUGCAACACAUUCUAUGCUAUCCAUCUCUUCUUCAUCGGAUGAUUUGAGGAAACAAAUUUUUUACUUCACGUAGCUAUAAGUUCAUUAAGAAUGGUACCUGGUUGACUGAGCUUUGCUCGGUAUUUUGUGUUUUCUUGAGAUUUCAUCUAGACACGAAUCACGUACUGAUGAAAUAUGAAUAAUAUUUUCUGAUCCUGCCGACAAAUUAAUAAAAACAUAUGACAUUAUAAUAACAAUAUGACAAAAAUAACUAGGAUAACUAGUUUAAUGUUUCUGUUAUCACAGAUUUUGGAAUUGGGUCUUAAUAUCAUACAUCCUUCCAUACUAUAUUGCCGGUAUAUCAAGGAUUUCCAUUUGGAAGAUAGAAUUCUAACGUAAUCGGUUGCUUAGCACCAACAGAUUCGGAUGUUUACUUCUGGAAUUUGUGAACAGUCAUGGUAAAUGUAGAUGCAAAGAGAAAUUGGUGACGAAGUAAAAGGUUAUCAAUACACAGACUUAUUAAUAUUAAUCUUACUCCAUUCAAUAGUCAUUCGGAUACAUCUAAAUUACAUAACAACAUCAAUAACUUUUUUAUUGAUUUCAAUUCGUGGUGAAAUGUCGACAAAUAUCGAUGAAUUGCGUUGUAAAAUCAACUGCUACUCCAGGUUUAUAUGUCAUUGAGUCGUGAUUAUAGUGAAUUUUGUUUUCUCCGGGUGAUUAAGCAAUCAGAUAAACAAUAAUUUUUUUAGAAUCUUUGUUAAGAUGAGCGAGUAUUGCUCUGUCUUUCACCCACUUAUUAUUUUCAUUAGUAGUUACCAAAUGAAUCAAUCAAAAGAUUGAUGCUUGAAAUGAUAUUCUGUGGCAAUUCAAUUUUGUUCAUAGUAUUCAUUGUCAGUAAGUCGUAGCCUAAUUUUAGUAAAUAAUCAGCAAAAUUUGGUCUCUCUAUAUCAAUCAACGCGCAUAUUAUCUCCUAGUUUUUUUAAGUCUUAAAAACUACCCAAAAGGAGCAUUGAUUGAAAGGAAGUUUUAUCUGCACGUGGAUUAGGACUAUCCAAAUGCCAACUUUUUUUGUUAUUUCACGUUUAAUCACUUCAUCUUUCUUAUUUGCGUGUAAUAAAACGAUCGAUUUAUCGCCCCCGAAACCCUUGCUUCCAACAUUUAGAUUAUAUAUGUAUAAAUUUCUUCAAUAGUUUUUCUGAUUUGAAAUUAGU